GCGCGCCCGGCGGGGCUGGGGCGGCAGGUGCACGCGCGGGGCCGGCGCGCUAAAGCGAUGCGCGCGGGCGCUCCGGGGUAGCAAGCGACCUGGCCUGCGCGCCCCUGGCCCGCGCGCCCCGGCCCGCAGCGAUGUGGCGGCUGCGCCUGCUGGUCCUAGCGGUGCUGGCGGCGGGCAGCGCCGAGGCCCAGGCGAACUCCAGCGACGGUUUCCUUGAGUUUUCUGUGGGAAAAUUUACAUACUUUGUGCUCAGCAAGUCCUCUCCGCAGGAGGCCGUCCUGCGCCAUAUUUCAAGCAAUGUGACCUUUCUUCUUUUCCAAAUACACUCACAGUAUCAGAAUACCACGGUUUCAUUUACUAAGACUCUCCUUCCCAGCACGUCAGGAACAGGCAACGACAGAGGGCUGGUCUUCAUUCUUAGACCGGAGCAGGCAGUGUGUACUUGGUACUUGGAGACGGGAGACACCAAGCCUGUCCAAAGCGUGGCCCUUACGCUCUCCUACUCAGAAAGAGAUCCCAUUCCUGGAGGCUGCAAUUUGGAGUUUGAUUUAGAUAUUGACCCCAACCUCUAUUUGGACUAUAAUUUUUUUGAGACAACUAUCAAGUUCGCACCAGCAAACAUAGGCUAUGCAAGGGCUACAGAGCCCCCACCGUGUGAUGUGAGCACCAGCCGAGAGUCCAGGUGGAGGCUGCGCUAUGACGUGUACCAGUACUUCCUGCCCGAGGGCGACCUCACCGAGGCCUCUCUGCUCCAUCAUCUUCAGAGGAUGGCCCAGGUGGCUCAGGUGAAGGCCAGUGCCAUCAAGGUGGCCACCCUAACAGCUGACGAUAAAACAGCCGUGUCCUUCUCUUCCCUCCCGGGACAAGGAGUCAUCUAUAAUGUCAUCGUUUGGGAUCCGUCCCUCAAUACUUCUGCUGCUUAUGUGCCCGUGCACACAUACGCCUGCAGCUUUGAGUCAGUGGAUGGUAACUGUGCUUUUCCUGGAAGAGUAUCUACGAAAGUGUUCUCCACUUUGGUUGCCCUGCUUGGGCUCUUCGUUUGUUUCUUUGGACACAGAUUCUGGAAAACAGAUUUAUUCUUCAUUGGCUUCAUCUUCCUGGGGUUCUUCUUCUACAUCCUGAUCACCAGACUGACACCCCUUCAGUAUGACGUUCGCCUGGCUCUCACCGCUGUAGCUGGCAGCUUUGGUGGCCUCCUCCUGGUGGCUUCAUGGUGGCGAUUCGGGAUCCUCACACUCUGCAUGCUGUGUGUGGGACUCGUGCUGGGCUUCCUCGUGUCUUCUGGGACUUUCUUCACGCCUCUGGGAAACCUAAAUGUUUUUCAUGAUGAUGGAGUGUUCUGGGUGACGUUCUCCUGCAUAGCGCUGCUUGUUCCAGUCAUCUUCAUGGGCUGCCUAAGAAUCUUGAACAUCCUGGCUUGUGGAGUCGUGGGCUCCUACUCCGUGGUGUUGGCUGUUAACAGUUACAUGUUCACAAGCCUCUCCUACAUCACCCUGAACGUCCUCAGGAGAGCUCUCAACACAGAUUUCCGAGGGGCUGUCAUUAGAGUGCCUUUCCAGACCAACGACUACAUCAUCCUGGCCGUGUGGGGGAUGCUGGCUGUCAGUGGAAUUACACUUCAGAUUCGAAGAGAAAGAGGACAGCCGCCUUUCCCUCCCCACCCCUACAAGCUAUGGAAGCAAGAGAGAGAACGCAGAGUGACCAACAUCCUGGACCCCAGCCAUCACAUCCCUCCCCUGAGAGAGAGGCUUUAUGGUCGGGUUGCUCGGAUCAAAGAGCUCUUCCAGAAGGAACAGCCGGCUGGAGAGAGGACACCCUUGCUUCUGUAGAAGGCUGAGGGUCAGUGUGCUUGCCCUGGAGUUCUCGUCUAGACUGCCCAGUUGUCCCAGGUCCAUGCAGGGCCAGCCAGGGUGGGUGACAGGGUGACGCCCCCGUGGAUGUACAGCAGUGGAGUUAGAGGAUUCUAAGUGAUAUGGUGAGAAAAGUCUCCAAAAAGUUGGCCGUAGAUGUUUUUCCUCAUUUUCCACAGUCUUGAGAAGUUACCUUUUGAUGAUUGAUGUCUUUUAUAAAAUACACCAAAAAAUAAAAAUGUCUCCUUGAAGCCCUAGUGUUUUGUUCUUGUAGCUUCUUGGACAGUUAUGACUCAGUCAGAACCUGUGGAGGGGAGGCAGGCAGUGGGUAUUUAUUCGCUUUGUGUGUAGAAGUUUAGGGAUUUGAUUUGGGUCCUUGAAUGUCAAGACUAAGGGAAAAGUAACCCCCCUUUUCCUUAAAAGCAGUCUGAUUAUAUUUGGCUGCAUCUUAUAAUAAAAUCAGGAACCCUUUUCAUUUAUUUUCAAUAUUCAAACGAUUUAUUUUAAAAACUGGCAAAUUAUCCUAACACGUAACAAUGUAGAUUUCCUGUUGUUUUGCCAGUUAGUGCUUUAAGUGGUAAAUAACUAAAUUUUUUCUGUAAUCUAAAAUAGCUCAGUUUAUUAAAGAUAAUAAAACUUUUAUAUGAGUAAGUUAUUUAUAGCCCAUUUUGUGUUGGGGCCAUUUAGAGCAGUGUUGGCUGCUGACCCUUCUUUCUUAGGUUGCAUUAGACGGUGACUGGACCGUAUUUUGUCAGAGAGACAUCAAUGAGACCUUCCUAGCACCUGUGAAGUUGUGCUAAUGAUUGCUCUGUAUAAUCAAAGCCCCUGUGCUCUGAAGCUCAGAGGGAUUGAUCACUUAGCCACCACCAUGGGUUCUGUAAGGAGGGACAUGCUCUUGACUCCUCUGAACGGCAGGGCUGAGAACUGGCUUCCCUGACGUGUGUGGCCCACAGUGCGCUGGUUUGUCAGUGGUGUGCUUCUUAGUCUCUUCACAGCAAUGACUAUAGCCUUGACAUUUCAGGGAGUGGGUGGAGUCUUCAGUUGUGGCUUUGAAAAAAGGUUCUGAAGUUAAAACAUAAUGAAAAAUUAUAAAAUGAACCCCUUUUGGUUUAUUUCUGAAAAUCCUAUUCUGUUAUUACUACCUAGCUUCAGCAAUAUAUAUAUAUAUUUUAAUUGCUAUAGGGUUUCUGGCUUGUCACAUGCUUGCAUUUUAGUUGUACAGAUUGUUGGAGAACUAUUCUUUGUACUGUCGGAACACACUGCCAGUCAGAGCUAAAAAAGGCAGAGUAUGCUUUCUCGGAGGGAAAUACAAAAUAUUUGUAAAUUUUCAUAAUUUUUAAUACCAUUUGUAUAAUUUUUGUAAUAAAUACCUACUUUGAAAAAAAUGCUUAAUGUCCUCCUUAUUAGGAUGUCUCCAGGAGUUUAUACCAGUCUUGUAUGUACUUAUAUAAAUUUAAUCUGG